AUGGUGGCUGAAGCUGGUGCUCGAGCAAUGAAUGCUUUAAUUCUUGCACGAAUACUUGGCCAUCAAAUUAAUCUGGAUAGCAUUCAGAUUGAGAGCUUGUAUCCCAGAGAAAUGGGACCUGAUGUAAUGACUGUUGAAGACUUCUUGAACCGAGGACUCUUACUGUUAGAUAAAGAUAUUGAAACUAGAGUUCAGAAGGCAGCCUCAAAUGGAAAUGUGUUGCGUUAUGUUUGUGUGAUCGAGGGUUCAAGGCAUUUUUUUCUCUCCUCCCUCCAUAUUGUGUGUGAAAUUGGUAUUCAGGAUCUUCCAAAAAAUUCUCCCUUAGGAAGACUAAGGGGAAGUGAUAAUGUGUUGGAAAUAUACACUCGAUGCUAUAGUGAACAACCACUGGUUAUUCAAGGUGCUGGAGCCGGGAAUGACACGACUGCUGCUGGUGUUCUUGAUGAUAUUGUGGAUGUUCAAGAUUUGUUUCCUUAA